CUUGAUAUCCCCAAAAAAUGUAAAUACAAUAUAACCAAAACCAGUGACACAGUAAAAACAUAAAUGUAUAAAUAUGAAAAAAAAAAUCAUAUAUCAAACUAUUUAAGACAAUAUUGAAGACGACAGAGACAAAACUCUAAUUGAGAUUAUUUCAAUACAGAUUCUUUUUAGUUUCUAUAUUUGUGUAGUUGAAUAUGUAUAAUGUGCAAUUUAUUGUACAUUUAUAUAACGGGUGUGUCUGCCUUAAAGGGAUACUUCACCCAAAAAUUCUGUCAUCAUUUACUCACCCUCGAGUUGUUCCAAAUCUGUAUAAAUUUCUUUGUUCUGAUGAACACAUAGAAAAAUAUUUGGAAGAAUGCUCAUAACCAGACAGAUUUUGCCCCACAUUGACUACCAUAGUAGGAAAAAAUACAAUGAUAUUCAAAAGUGCCCCAGAACUGUUUGCUGUCCUACAUUCUUCAAAAUGUCUUCUUUUGUGUUCAAAAAAACAAAAAAAAAGUAAAAUAAAAAAAGUAAUUUUUCCUACUAUGGGAGUCAACAGGCAAGAUCUGUUUGGUUAUAAGCAUUCUUCCAAAAAUCUUUCUCUGUGUUUUGAUAGAAUUUUCAUUUUUGGGUGAAGUAUCCCUUUAAAAAACGAAAAUUAAUUUAAGAAUUGUGUAGGAAUGUGUUAGAAUCUAUUAUGUGAUAGAGUGGAUGAGUGCGUCUUGGGCAUUAGGCCAAUGACUCUCAUUGGCUGCUGGAGUGUAGUACAGUGAGUCGCAAUCUCUAAACAUUCCACGCUCACUCUCACACACCAUUACCCCUCCCUCACAUGCUACAUCAAUCCCUGUUCACUGACACAACAUGGGCACACACAUCCUCCUUAUCCAAGCAUUAUUUCAGAGGAAAGAUGCUAGUUUCUAUGAUAGACUGCUGGUUUUUAAUCACCAGAGGGGAGUGUGCUGCACAAGAGAGAUCUCGUCAUGCCUUCAGACACAAAACGGCUAGCACAUCACUCAAAGCAGGUUUACUACUUUAAAGGGAUAGUUCACACCAAAAUUUUCAUAAUUUACUCACCCUCAUAUCAUUCCAAACCUAUAUGACUUCAUUUUUUCUGCGCAACACAAAAGAUGAUAUUUUGAAGAAUGCUGGUAACCAAACAACACUGACCCCCAUUGACUUCCAUUGUGUUGAGAUAUUUCUCAAAAUAUCUUCUUUUGUGUUCUACACAAGAAAGACAACACGGGGGUGAAUAAAUGAUGAGAAUUUUUUUUUAGGGUGAACUACUGUAUCCUUGCAAUAUGUGCAAACUGCAGAAAUCCAAAGCAUAUAAAUAAAAUACAUGCAAUUGUAAUGAGCUUGGAGAUCAGCUGUGUCAUUAGAGUCAGAAUGUCACCACUGGCUAUCCAUGAUACGCAUUGAUCUGUUUUCAGGGUGUUGAUGACUGGUUUUGUUUGGGGUCACAGAUGCACGCAUUGAAUAAUAGCAGCACCAGAUGGUUUACACCGUCUCCCCAUGGGGGACCUUAGCCCGGAGCCUGAUAUAAACCUGAUAACAAAUAAACCACAUUACAAGGGCUAUAAAAUCAUCAGAAUAAAACUCCACAAGAGCAACUAAACCUGAAGCUUGACACUAUUCUAAUACAUCAACUAUUAAUGGUUAAUGCCAAACCUUGGGCCAGUAAGUAAUGGCAAAAAAGGGACCGUACACAUGCAGACCCCGCAUACACAUAUGCAAACACCCAGUGCAUACAUAUAACAGACAAGCCCUGUAGUUGAAAUGGCUAAUCCUGGUUUAUGCUUCUAUGGGCCGACCUUGAGCGGGCCAAAUGAGGAUAUUCAUCAUGUGCCCACUGAGAAGACAUUUUCUCUCUCACUUCCAUGGCACAGGGAUGAAACAGCUCUGUGCUGACUUUUCUUUUCAGAUCGGGGGAAUUCAAGAGCUUUACAAUUCGUCUGAAUAAACCGCACAGACUAAUCGUAGACGUGUAGACGUAAAACUGUUCAAAGUACCACAGCCUGGAAAAGAAAGCUAUCCACAGAACUGGGACAGCCCGUCAUGACUAAGCUACAGCUAGGAACAUGCUCAAGGUGAAGUGAGAGAAUUCUUUUCCCCAAGGUGCCUAUUUAGCAGGUCUCCCGCCCUUCUCAAAAUGUGAUAUUGCACCUAACAAACACAAUAGGAAGGAAUGUUACUGUAUAUCUGAGAGAAGACCUCCAUCGUCGAGGCUAAAAUGUUGAAGACGGAGGCCUCGGCAGAGAGGAAUACCCUUAGGAGUGCUUCCCCGCACCGGAACGCCUACAGGGCAGAGUUCCAGGCUCUAAAGAACACCUUUGAUCAACCUAGUAGACAUGAUGGAGAUCGCAAGCUCAAGGACCAAGAGGGGGUCAGGCAACCGCGAGGAAGGCAGUAUGGGGCCCAAGUCAGUCGUAUCAAGAACAUGUUCAUGCAGAUGGGUACAGAGAACACAGGCUCCAAGAAACGUGGAGGGGAUGAGACCUCCCCACAGAAACUCACUAAGCCAACAAACUUCAUCAACAGGGCGGAUGGAUCAGUAAUUAAGUUCCAGCAUGGUAAUGGAGAGCGGACUGGUGGUGACCAUCACAACUCCAAGUUCUCAGAAACAAGGAAACUCUUUGAGCAGAGCUCCAGAGAUGCUUCGCAGUCACCCGUGUAUUCUUAAGGUAAAGAGAAGAGGGGUUCUCACGAGCAUUUGGACGACUGGCGGGGGCCGCGUUCGAACAGAGGCAGUACGGACUCUUUGGACAGUCUCUGCUCCAGGACAGAGGCCUCGUCACCCACUGUGAGUCAGCUCAGCGCUGUGUUCGAAAAUAUUGACCAGCAGGGCUCCGGUGCUACUAUUAGAAGAGGCGGAAGGGGGCUGUACUCACCGGAUGGUCUGCACAGACAUGGGGAUGCCAGCGAGGAUGAUACCAGUGCACGGCAGUCUCCAUCUUGUGGUUUUUACAGGACGCGAGCUGGUAGCAAGCACAAUCUGCCAGUUUCUUCCUCCUCAGAAGAUCUUCUCAGUCCUAGCCCUCUAUCCGAGUCAGUGGAUCAGGUGAAAGCAGAUGGGAAGAAGCCCCAAGAGGGACUGGAGGAGACGGAAAGUGAAAGAUUUGACGGAGGUACCACUGAAGUGAUUGAUAGAGCCAGUGAACCAAAACACAGAGCAGAAGUGAACUCAAGCGACACUGUGGAAAGUACCUCAAUCUCGGCUCAAGUCAAUGAAGCUGCAGUUUGUGACAAAACUUCAGGAAAUUCAACUGAGUCUGCAUCCACCAAGGUCCUUGAGGACACGGACGGUCAUGUGAAAGAGAAGCCUAGCCGGAUUACAGAGGAUCAAGCGGAAGAAUCCGCAGAAAAAUUCUGUGGCAACGAGAGAGUUAUUUUCAAUGUGGAUGGAGAUGCUUGCUAUCAGGGCUGGGGGGAGAGCUGCACUGACCUGGAGGAUGACCUGUAUGAUGAUGACAUCUCUUAUGAUCCUGGAUCAGAGAUCACAGAGAUUCUAGGUCUUCCAGAGGAGGACAAAGAGGAAAUGCCACAAAAGCGGAAAAUUCGAUUCAGUACUGCUCCCAUAAAAGUGUUCAAAACCUACUGCAAUGAAGAUUAUGACCGAAGGAAUGAAGAGGUGGACCCAGUGGCAUCUUCAGCUGAAUAUGAGCUGGAGAAAAGAGUUGAGAAGCUGGAACUUCUCCCUGUGGAACUGGAGAAAGAUGAUGAUGGACUGGGCAUCAGUAUUAUAGGAAUGGGUGUUGGUGCUGAUGCAGGGCUGGAGAAGCUGGGCAUCUUCGUCAAGACUGUUAUAGAGGGCGGAGCAGCAGAGAGAGAUGGAAGAAUUAAGGUGAAUGAUCAAAUCGUGGAGGUGGACGGCACCAGUCUGGUGGGAGUAACUCAAAGCUUCGCUGCUUCUGUCUUGAGAAACACGCAAGGAGUAGUCAGGUUCGUGAUUGGCCGAGAGCGUCCGGGACAGCAGAGCGAGGUGGCUCAGCUCAUCAGUCAGACUCUGGAGCAGGAGAGACGUCAGAGAGAGAUGAUGGAGCAGCAGUAUGCUCAGUACGAUGCUGAUGAUGAUGAGACAGGAGAGUACGCCACGGAUGAAGAAGAGGAGGCGGGGCAGACGGCAACAGACCGAGACGUGGCUAUUGAGGUUUUCGAUUUACCCGAAAAUGAGGACAUCAUCUCGCCAUCUGAAUUGGAUGCCACCAAACUCUAUCAGAAGUUCAGAGAGCUGCAGAUUAAACACACCGUCACUGAAGCUGAGAUCCAGAAACUCAAGAACAAGCUAGCUGCAGUGGAUAAAGAAAAAGCACGAUGGGAGAGAGAGAAGACACAGCUGAAGCAAAGCAUCGAGGAUAACAAGGAGAGGAUGCUGAAACUAGAGAGCUAUUGGAUCGAGGCUCAGACGCUGUGCCAUACGGUCAAUGAACAUCUGAAGGAAGCCCAGAGUCAGUAUCAGGCUCUGGAGAAGAAAUACAACAAGGCCAAAAAACUCAUUAAAGACUUCCAGCAGAGAGAGCUGGAGUUCACCCAGAGGGAGGAUGCAGAGAAGAAGAAGCUGGAGGAGGUGGAGAGAAAUCAUUUAGCUGAAAUACAGAGUCUUCAAGUGAGGAUUGCUUCUCUGGAGUCCGAGCUGAUGCAGCUGAUGAAACAAAAUGGCAUCCAGGUAAACAAUAACAACAACAGUGCGGAGAGCCGAGCCCAGCUGACUGAGAGACUGGCGGCCUUGCAGUGUCCGAGGAGAAGUGUGCCUGUCGGGGAACUGGGCGAGCUGAUGGGAGCCAUUGGUGCGCAGAGAAUGUGCAGUUCUUCUGAGGGACAAGAGAGCCUGGAAGGGAGGGCCUCUGGGCCUCAAACCUCCAGAGUAUCUGGAGCCGUAGAGGUCCCUCUCAUGUACCCACAGCCUCAGCAGGGUCCUGAUAAUGAAGUUUCCAACUCUUCAGUGAGUCUAAAGGAGAAAUACAGCAAAAAAGACCUCGGGUCUUCGCUGAGGAAAACUAAAGGGAAAGAGCAGGAUCCCAAAGAAUUUCCUGGUAAAAGCUCCAAAGAACUUCCAGCAGAGAACAGUCCUGACAGGAGCAAGAGGAAGGGUCCUGGAGUAAAUGAUGACCUCAGCAUCAGCAGUGCGAGCUCACCUGAGCUCAGUGGUGGCCUAAUCGACGUUAACACGUCUGGUCGACAAAUACUAACACUGUCUUCAGAUGAGAGUGUGGAAGAUGAGAUUCUGGAUGAAGGUCAGCCUCUCAAACAGUACCAGUGGCAGAACCGCAGUGUGACAGAGUGGACAUGUCAACAGGUGUCCUGCUGGCUCACGGGUCUGAACCUGGAACAUUAUGUCUCUCUUUUCGCCACCAAGAAUGUGGAUGGAGAGCAUCUACUGAAGCUGGACAGCACAGCACUUAAGGAUCUGGGUGUGGAGUCCUCUCAGGAUCGGGCUCUGAUUAAGAAAAAGCUGAAAGAUCUGAAAGUCCUGAUGGAAAAAGCUCAGCGAAACAGAGAGAAAAUAGAAAAGCAACGUGAGAAACUGCGCAAGAAGGAACUGGAUCAGGUUCAGAAACAGGUCAGGAAAAACAGCAAGUCCUCUGGACCAGGAGAGGGCGCCACUGAAUGACAUCACUUCUUUAACCAUCACUACUGUCUCACCAUGAGCAGUGUACAAGUAGCAAUGAGUUCAGCAUUUCAAGAGUUCAUCACAAAAGGGGCUUAUUGCUAUUGAGCUGCCAUUGGACAAACUGAAACCAAAAUGUCCAAUACUGGAUUUAAUGGUCUUUUCAGGUUUUUUUCUUGUUUUGGCAGAAUGAUCACUAGUUUUCCUUGUUUUAGGUCUGAUUAAUAUCUAUUUAUUUGCAUAUGGAGAAUAUCUGUUGAAGCAAAGCAUAUCAGUUUAUAACUCAUGACAGUUAAUAACUGCAUUACAAGCACCUUUAGACGUUAUGACAAUGUACAUAUACAAGUAACGUGAAUAUGUCUAAAGUGCCAUUUUUUUUUCAAAACCAAGACAUGUAGUCCAAGAGACAGACGGGACAGACGAUUAAGCGAUUCAUCUCAAAGAUUUUGAGUGCUGCUCACAAGAACCACUACAGUCAGAUUCACUGGCAUACAGCAAACCUUACUGUGAGAAGAAAGCCAUUCCAGAUGAGAUACUCAAAAUCUGUUUGUGGAUACUUCACUGCAUACUUUCAACCCAGUGUUUGGAUCUCCUUCGAUGACCUGCCAGUAUUCAACUAGAAUACAACUGCCGAGUGUGUUCCAAUGUGUUCUUUGAACUUGAAACCUCUGAUCUUAGGAAGACUCAUCAAAGACUUACAUAAGGGGUGGCAACGUGAUUUCAGGAGUCCGAUGUUUUAAACUCCGCUCCAAAGACGCAAGCUGUGUACCCUAAAACAAAAAAUAGAAAGCAAGAUUGUUUUGCUGGACCCUGUGCUGCUUUUACUCCACAGCUACCUGCUUUUACCCUCUACAUAGCCCUGAGAUAGAUUCUCACUUAGACCCAAGUGCUGCCUUUUGAAGUGCUAUAGAGUUUGUAUUGGUUUAUUUUGUGGUUUGAGGUUGUGGAUCACAUUAAUCGUGUUAAUGCACCACAGUUUUUUCCGGCUUCUAAAUGUUUGUAGAGCAUAUGACAAAUGUGCACUUAAAAUGGACCUGUAUCUGUAUCUAUACCUGUGUUAUUUAAUCUACUAUAAGUUUGUCAGGAUAGAUUUCAUUCCUUUUAAUCCCAUCGUUUUUUGCAUUCUGAAAGCAGAAAUGUUGUUACGUGGUAAAUAAUCGGGCAGAGUGUUUAAUAAUGUAAUUGAAUGCAUUGAGUAAUCAUAAGACGGUUUCUUUAGACAACUUUCUUUAGUUAACUUCCUGUCUGUGUUUAUAACAAUUUAUAUUUAAUUUAUAUUACUUUAUAUACAUAUUUUAUUGUAUAUUAAUUGUUUUAAAUGAAAUUAAAACUACGGAACAUUUAUUGAUGUAUGGAAAUUAAGUUUGGGCCACAUUUGUUUAUGUUGUUGUCGCUGAAACCGUCUUAUUGAUUUAUCUUCGGUUAUGUUUUAACAUUUAUGCAACGCAUUUCCAAAAUGUAUGCAUUGUAAGUAUACACAAACACAGCUGGACAAAUUGCCAUUUCUUGUAUUUCUCAUUCAGCUACGAUAUUAACAUUUUUAAGCAUUUUAUUUUCACUGCCCAAUUUCAAAUGUCAAUAUGUCUACAUUUUUAUCACUCCUGUCUUCAAGGCAACACACUGUCCUUCCAUCUGCGAUGAUACAUAUCGUUCAUGUUUACAUGUGACUUACUGCUUGUUACCAUAGCAACAUGAAGGCAGCUUUGGUGGUUUUUGGGCACUGUGCAGAGUACAUUAGGCAGUGUCGGAUGACCCUGCACAUACAUUUCCCUCAAAGGUUACUAGAUGUAAAAUUUUAUUCAUUGUUCAUUCUUAAUUAUUUAUCUUAAAAUUUACUUGUCUUAGUGUUAUUUAUUUUUUCCCAAUCGUAGAAAUCUUUGUAAAUCAGCUAAUAUUUAUUUACCAAGCAAAAAAGGAUUACCAAAAAAAUUCUGUGAUAUUUUGAGAGUGUGUUUCUUUAUUAACUCACAAUGCUCUUGUGAACCAAUCUUCAUUAUCAUUAUUGCAAAAAUAAGCUUGUCUUAACAUGAUAAAAUCUUUUCCAACCCUCCGCUAUGAGUCCGCUGAGAACCUGCUGUAGAUCCAAAUCUAACCUAUCCUAUCCAUGUACAAAACUGACUUUUGUAUGGUAAAGUUGAAGCAAUAGCUUUUAAGCCCGGCGUUUUUUAUAACUUCCUGUUGUCUCAGUUCCAUGAGGAGACCGUAGAGGGUUCACCGGGCCUGUCUGUCUGAAUGUGUUUACAUGCAGGGAUAAUCACCUAAGGAUUUAAGUACAGAAAUGUGAUUGUCAUUCAUGUAUCAUUUUCACUGAUAUUUAGGGCGCUUCUCUGACGUAUUAAGUUGUUUUACCCUGUUAUUGGUAUACUGUAUGGCAGAAUCAGUCAGGGUAUAUAGAGGAAUUGCACGCAAAGCCUGAGUACAGAGCAUUACACUAUAUAUUUUGUUUCGUCAUACCCGCAUGAGGGACCUCAAUGUGCCAUACCUGUUCUUUCCAAAACUACAAAAUCUUUUAUUUUUGUUCAUGGAAAAUAAAAAGCCUUGUGAGCGUUUGUCAUGUUGGACUGUAAAUACUUCAAAUGAAAUAAUUGGUCAGAUAAAUACAAUGAAAGAUCAUUCCAA